AUGCUCUUCUCUGACCGAGCCCAGAAGAGGCAGGGCACACAUAUAGAUGGAUGCGAUGCGUGUCCCCCAUUACAAUUCCGCGAAAAAAUCGGGAAAAGAUUGAACGUUUUCUGGUUUGACAUUGAUCAACCGAAGGAAGUGCCAGUGUUCGCGCCAGAGUCACUUGUUACAUUCCGAGGAGCGUCUGCUGCACGCAUUCAUAUGACCGGUGAAGAUCAGCAUGUCAAAAAGAUUGGUUUCCUACUCGAAGCUCGAACCGCGUGUGGUGGAUUGGUGCUGGCCGACGAUAAGGAACGUGUAAUGACGUUCAGCGAUCUCGAGGAAGAAGUCUGCAACAUUACCAUCCGUAAAAGAGAGGAAUCGGAUUCUGGAAUAUAUGUGAGACUGGACGAGUUUGUCAGCCGCGGUAUCUCGAAACACCGGGUUGCAGAAAUGUACUUUGGGAACAGCUAUAUCGACGUUCAGAUUGAUGGGGGCGAAGUACAAUCUCGCGAAGCCAAGGGACCGUACCUAAUCGAGGCAGCUGCCACUCAUGAAGAGUUCCGUGCCAAAAAUGAGAUUCGAAUCGCAUUUGUCAAAGGGAAUACGUUGCUUGCGACUAGAAUGGCUAUCUCCUACUCGACAACUAUCGAUAAAUGUGGAGGAGAAAUCACCGCCCGCGAAGGAUACAUUAGCAUCCCCGAAAUUCAAGGCGAUUUCGAUUGCAUAUGGACGUUACGCGAAAAUCCUGGAAAC